AUGACGGUGCCGCCGCUGAAGGCCGUGACGCUGACGCACGUGCGCUACCAGAAAGGCGACCGCGUUGGCCUCUUCUUGGCGUGGAUUUCCCUCGUCCCCGUCUUCAUCUCCCUCGGUGGCUUCGUCUCCCACUUUCUCUUCCGCCGCGAGCUCCAGGGCAUGUUCUUCGCGCUGGGCCUCCUCUUGUCACAGUUCAUCAAUGAAGUCAUCAAGACCACCGUCCAGCAGGCCCGCCCCGCAACUUGCGCUCUCCUCGAGAUGUGCGACUCCCACGGCUGGCCCUCCAGCCACUGCCAGUACACGUUCUUCUUCGCCACCUACCUCACCCUCCUCUCCCUCAAAGGUCUCAGCUUCUGGCACGUGCGCGACAACCCUGUCCUACACCUCUUCACGUGGUCCCUCGCGCUUCUCACCAUGUACUCCCGCGUCUAUCUCGGCUACCACACUGUUGCUCAGGUCUUCGCUGGAACCGCGCUUGGUGUUUUUCUCGGCGCGGUUUGGUUUCGGGUUGUUAACUCCGUUUUGUACCCUUACUUUCCUCUUAUCGAAGAGAGCACGUUUGGGAGAAUGUUCUAUGUAAAAGACACUUCUCAUAUUAGUAAUGUGUUGAAGUUUGAGUAUGAUAUGGCCAGGGCUGAGAGACGGAACCUGGCAUCUAAUUCUAAAGCGGAAUGA